CUCUCUCUCUCUCUCUCUCUCUCUCUCUCUCUCUCUCUCUCCCAGGAGCGCUACAGGCACUUGGCUGCCUUUUGCUUUUAUUUCACCCCUGAGCUGGGGGCCAUUGAGGGUCUUGCAGGCUCCCAAUCUCUUAAAAUUAGUUAUUCUCGUUUGGAGGGGUGAUUGAGGCGUUGCUGUCCAUCAUGUCGGUGAUGAGGAAAGAGAUGGAGAAGUACAGGGACAUAGACGAGGACGAGCUGCUGAAGAAACUGUCAGAGGAGGAUCUGCAGCGAUUAGAGGAUGAACUAGAGGAGCUGGAUCCUGAUAAUGCAUUGUUGCCAGCUGGGAUGCGGCAGAAGGACCAGACCAAGAAAUCUCCGACGGGAAUGUUUCAGAGAGACAACCUGCUGGCCCAUCUGGAGAAACAGGCCAAAGAGCAUCCUGACAAAGAAGACCUGGUGCCCUUCACAGGGGAGAAGAGAGGGAAAACCUUUGUGCCAAAAAAGAGGGUGGACCCCAUCAUGGAGAAUGUGACCCUGGAGCCGGAGCUAGAAGAAGCCCUGGCUAGUGCAUCUGAUGCUGAACUCUGUGAUAUCGCAGCCAUCCUGGGUAUGCACACCCUGAUGAGUAACCAGCAGUACUACGAAGCCCUGGCCAGCAGCACCAUAGUCAACAAGCAAGGCCUCAACAGUGUGAUCCAGUGCACCCAGUACAAACCAGUCCCCGAUGAGGAGCCCAACUCCACUGACGUAGAAGAGACCCUGUUGAGAGUGAAGAGAAAUGACCCUGACCUGGUGGAGGUCAACCUCAACAACAUCAAGAACAUCCCCGUUAAGACUCUGAAGGCGUACGCUGAGGCUCUGGUGAAGAACACUGUGGUGGAGAGGUUCAGUAUUGUAGGAACCAGGAGCAACGACCCGGUCGCAUUCGCCCUGGCAGAGAUGUUGAAGGUGAACACGACGCUGAAGAGCCUGAACGUUGAGUCCAACUUCAUUACAGGGACAGGAAUCCUGUUCCUCAUAGCGUCACUGCAGUACAACACCAUACUGCAGGAGCUCAAGAUAGACAAUCAGAGCCAGCCGCUGGGCAACAAGGUGGAGAUGGAGAUAGCCAGCAUGCUGGAGAAAAACACCACGCUGUUGAAGUUUGGAUAUCAUUUCACCCAGCAGGGCCCGCGCCUCCGAGGCUCCAACGCCAUGAUGAACAACAACGACCUGGCUCGAGUCGUCAGGUCGGAGUCGGACGGCUCCUUCACCCUCACUCUGUCUGUUCCUGAGCUGGAAAGGGCCUUUGGGAAAAAGUUCAAGUCCAAGACUAAUAAGAAAGAGAAGGCUUGAGGGAGGCCCCAUCUUGCCUAAGUGUCGGACGAAUGUGUAGAGACCAGGGCUGCCCUCGUUCCCCUUCGACCCCAUUCUACCAUCUUUCCAACCCCCGUCCUCUCCAGCCUCGCACCCUCCGAUGGCCUGCCCAGAAGACCACGCCCAUCGUUUCAGGUUCAAUGGUCUCUGAACUCUUUCUACUUUCCAGACUCUUUUUUUUUUUUUUUUUAGUAAAUAUUAAAGGAUCCAAUGGGAUUUACCAGCAGUGUCCUUCUGAGCUUUCAGUGCAAAAGACGAGAUUGUGUGCUUAUUUUUGUGCUCUGGAGUUUGAAUUUGUGACUUGGGUUCGAGGCGUGGGCCUUUGUAUCACCAGGGAAGGCUUUGCCGUUGUGAAUCCAUUAAUAUCUCCUUCGAGAGUCUAGAGUCCUUAAUAAAGGGGGCUGGAGGUGUGGUUUUGAAUGUGGGCCCACUGAAAGGUGACAGAACACUUUUAGAAAUCCCUGUUUCUAUUGAUGAGUUGAAUGAGUUCUAAUUAUUAAUAUUAUUAUUAUGCUGUAAAUGAGUUAUGCUGUCAUUACUGCUGUUCCCAAAAGCUUCUACUGUUGCUUCAAGGUUGACAUAAUAGGUAUUUUAUACCAAUUAUUCACCAAAGUCAAUGUCCCGUUUCAAUUCAUUAGACCUAAUAAAAACUCUGUGAUAUUGGAUUUUGACCUGAUGUCGCAGCCUUUUUAUCUAAUUCGGUGUAAACAGUAUUUUAGUGACUCACCGUCCUCAAAUACUAAGCUACAUAAAUUCUUCAGUAAUGGACUAUUAGAUUUAUAAACCUGGCUACUGUGAGAUAUUGUCGCUAUAUACGGAAUAUAUUUAUUUGUGACAGACCUGGUAAAGAAUCAGAAGCCACUCAAACACUUCAUUUCAUGGAUUGAUUGUGCUGGACAGCGUGAUAACUUGUGUAAAAAUGUUUCUGUAAAUGAAAAUGUACAGUCUAAUUACACUUUACGUUGUUAUACUAUCCAGCAUGUAUGUUAGCAGUCCCUGCAGAGCAUUCCCGCUAGCUGGGAAUGGCAACUGCCAACUUUUAUUUACUGACAUUAAAUACUCUAUGAACCCUCUGUAUUAUAUCCCACAAACACCGUGUUGUUUUAUAGAAGUUCUUGUCUACAAGUCAGACUGUAAUAACCCAAAGUAACAGCGAGUAUUUGAAUGGACUUCUGUCACACUUUCAACCAGGUCUGGUUUGUUGAUUGUUUGUGUUUACUUUACAUUUACUGGAGCUAAACUGUGUGGUUUGAUACAAAAUGUUUGGUACUUUCUGUUUGUUACAGGUUUCACAUUAACGCCUCAGUCCAGGUUGGGAAUAUUUCAGUGGACAGAUUUACAAACACAGGAAACCUCUAAUGUCUUUACAGCUGUCAGAUUACACAAGUCCAUCCAUUGUGUUUGAAUAAAACAAACCUUAACAGCAGUUUUAAAAAUGCUUGUUCAGCAGUGACGGGUCUUAAAUCAACACCGGACAUCUGAAAUAUUGUUUUACGCUCUGAUACUGGAUGAAUCCUUUAAGAGUUCACGACGGACAUGUUCUUCUUAUUGAGGGCGAAACAUGUCUGUGAAUACAUGUUUAUGUCCUUGUUACCAACUCCAACUACAUGCUGGUGAUGAUCUACGCUGCAGUGUAUUUUUGCAGCACUUAAUUCAACCUAACAGCACAAUGAACCGCUGAUGUCACAAGAAACUAGAGCUGAUAUGUUGCUCUCUGAGAAUAAAACUGCUCCAGUAAGAAUCACCUUCAAAUGCUCUGCACUCUUGUUACGUUUUAACGGCUCAAAAUGAAAUGUGUCUGUAUGUUUCCUGCUUAAAACAAAAGUUGCAGACUGGAAAGUAAAUCUGACCUGACCAUGUCAUCCAUGUUUCCUCGAUGCCAACAACUGCACCCGAUACUGACAGCAUGCUUAAGGGUCUGAUAACCCUUUUAAUGUUAUUUAAUAUCACUGCUUUGUUACUCUCUCAUCAGUGCUGUGGGUGUUGUUCAACAACUGGUAAUUAUGGAUGUAAACAUUUCUAAAACAAUAAUUAACUGAAUGCCGAGAGGCAAAAGAGGCCACUCAGUCUUUGUGUGUCCAGUUCUUUUUUUUUCUGUCUAGUGUUUUCUGAUAUUUUAGUGGUUGACUCUGUUUUGUUAGAUAGUUCACCUUUUUGGGUUGAAUUUUUGCAAAUAAAUGAAUAAAUAAAGCUUGAAAUAUGUCUUUGUGUACUCCCAUAUAUAGACAACAGUGCCACCCUGUGGCAAUAUGGAGGAAAUACACCAAGUCAACUUUGUUUUUACAAUUAACACUUGAAAUGACCAAUGGAAG